GCCAGAGAAAAGGGACCGGAGGCUCUAGGGGAGGAAUUCGAGGGGAAGAGUCGCGAGGCCAAGUCAAUGAUGUGAUACAGCGAUUUUUUUUUUUACUACUACGAAUCCUCAUCGAGUAUUCAGGCGCGAGCGAGUGAGCGGUCGCGCCCCACGCGCUAAAGCUGUGGAUUCGGAGUGACCCCACUGCAGCAACCGGGAGCGCUGCGCUCCGGACUCACGGACCGAUCUGCCGUUAACGAUACAAAAAGCCGUCAUUUCGACCAAGGAGCAUCUCUUCUGAGCUUCUGUUCGGUCACACACGCGAUCAACGCAUCCUUUCCGGUACACAGUGAACGGUCUCGCGGCCGAGCGAACGGAGAGGUGUCGCACCGCCAUCUGUCAUCAUCGCGCGGCUCGGGCUAACGUUAUUCGCCAAAUAACCGAGUGAUAACCGGGGCAUCUAGCUCACAUCUCGGUUGACAGCGACUGCGGGCCAUGAUCGUGUAUAAGGAAGGCGAUUUGAGGCAUAUGUGAGCAUGUGUGUGUGAGAGUCGUGGAGGGCGGGCGAAGUGAAGUCAUUUAAAACAGAAGUGUGCAUCACCAGCGUCGGGUUUGGCGACUUGCGAGUCAUCAUUUUGGGGAAUUAACUAGAGAACAAGAACGCGUCUAUCUAUGAUGGUCUGCUGAAAUAUUGACUAAUGUGAAUAAUACAAUCAGAACAGAUAUCCCAUCUCUACCAUCAUAUAGGCCUAGGCUACCAUAAAGAAGCUUAUUUUUACAUAAUUCCACAGAAGUGAUCCGAAAGAAAUUGGUCUUAAGUGCUCAUCUGGCGGGUCAGUGGCUGUUUUUAUUAAAGGCCGCUGUCAGAUUUGUAAGCCUGCAGAAUUGGCAGUGAGGUCGCGGGUUGACUUGGGUCUUGAAUCCGCAUCUCGCUUCUGCUUUUCCCCGUGACCGUUAACGGCGACUGAGCUGAAACCAUCCCUCUCACUCAGGUGAACAGCGGCUCGACUGGGCUGGCUGAUAAGUCACCUGAGGUCUCAGUUUAAACCGCAUUUCUUGCUCGUGUGUUUGCUGUCUGAUGUUAUAAGCGCUGCGUUACUACGAGCAUCUGCGGUCUGACCAGAUCUCGCUUGUGAACGGAUGUAGCCUCGAUCACUGCGACAUGAGGACACGGACCUUGGCUGCAGGACCCGGGAUGGUCCGCGAGGAAGGGCUGCUUUGGAUCGCGCCUGCCGCACGCUGAUGCCGUUUCUGAGGGAGAACCCUCGUCAGGUCUGCCAAAGAGGUUUCGGUUCGGGUGUCGCCUGCACCGGAUUCCGUGCCCAGCAAACGGCGCGUCUGCGUCAGUCCCUGAUCGCAAGGACAGGUGCACAUUGUGCUGCAGACUGAAAUAAACUCUCUCUCUCGUGGUUGUCGAGGAAAGUAACGGAAUUGUAAAGGUUUCCUGAAACAGUUGUGAUGUAACAUGUCCUAAUACGAAAUCAAAUCACACAGCACAGAAUCUUAACUGUUAGCCCUUGUACUGCAGUUUUAUCCAUGUUUAGCUACUAUGCUUAGCUGAUAUCACACAUGAUGUUUUUUUGAUACCUGCUCAAGGUGCUGCGUUUAAGUUCGAAGAUCGAUCGCACAGCCAAAAUCGCUUUUUACUGAAGUGCCCCAGCUGUGAAAAUGGGAGACAUGGCCAAACCCAACAAAAUAGCCAUUUAACCAGUGGGUAGCAAACCUAUGCUAGCGUUAGCUUCCAAAUUAAUGAUAGCUCGCCUCUUAGCAUCUCUGGGGUCGACUGGGUCCAUCAGAUCGAUCUGAAACCCACAUUGGCUACUCACUAAGAGAUAAAGAUUGCUCGACUAUUUCAGAGACGUGCUCACACAUGUAAAGCCUCCAACGUUCAUCAAAACAAUCAGAUGAGUGUCGGACAGCAGUGCAACUCGAGACCGAGGAUGUGAGCACGGCCUAGUUAACCCAUUCAGCGCCGCACAGAUUUGUAAAUGUAAACAAACAGAGAAGGAGGCGCUACCGCUAACUGGACCAAAAACCGAAGGCAGACUUUGCAGUCCUGCUGUACGCUUUAAUGUGUUGCCACGCAUUUCUUUACAAUAUUUGAGUGAUUUACAUGACUAAGUAUUUAUGUUACUUUAAUGCAGUUCGCCUGGAACCCUAGGACAGCUGUUGUGGCGUGGUCGUGUUUGUGUUGGCAGCUUAGAGCAGAGAUGAUGUCAGGGGCACCCGCUGGAUUGAUUUCACCGUGUUUUCAAUAAAUCUGGCCGACGCGAGAACUGCACAAGAACAGCUCGGAACGCCCGAGAGCUCCUCUCUGUACGUGCGUCCGUGAGGCGAUGUCGGUGAAGGCAGACGGGAGACAGGAGCGGUGCAGCCUUCGCGUGUGACCCCGUUUUGCCCCACGCACUCUUCGUCACCCGCGGAACUGUGGAAGGAUUCUGUUUUCUCUUUGAGCGGACGGACACCUCCAUCCAUUUGGAAAAAAAACUUGUUUUUCAACAGGAUUUUUGUGUUUUGUUGGGGAAAUUGUUGCGUUUUUUCCCCUUCGUUGUUAAUAAUUCCACUGGCAUCACCAGUAAGGACCAUUCUGCAGCCAUGUUUUCAUCCGAGAGCCCUCAGUAUCUGCGCCAGGGACUGAGCAUGUUCGUGUGGACCAAUGUGGAGCCCCGGUCAGUGCCAGUGUUUCCAUGGCAUUCAUUGGUGCCCUUCCUGGCCCCCACCCAACCAGAGCCAGCGGCUCAGCCGGGGGAGGGACAACAGCCUGUCAAUCAGCUGCAGGCAGCCGGUCUGAAGAAAGAGUUUCAGGGCGGGGUCGUUCAGCUGAAGGAGAGCAGUGAUGCCACCCCCCAGCCCACCGUCACCAUGGAGACCGCGACCCCUGACCCCCGGGAGCGGGACCGCGACGGCGAGCGUGAGAGACCGGACAGCGAGGCCGAGAGUGACGUGGAUGACCCGUUCUUCCCGGGGGUGAUGCCGGACCCCCCCAUGUCUGUGUCCCCGGUGAAGAGGAGGACCCAGUCCCUCAGCGCCCUGCCCAAAGAUGGAGACAAGAACAGCCCAGGGAAGAGGGAGAAGGACCACAUUCGGCGGCCGAUGAACGCGUUCAUGAUCUUCAGUAAGCGCCACAGAGCGCUGGUGCACCAACGCCACCCCAACCAGGACAACCGCACCGUCAGCAAGAUCCUGGGGGAGUGGUGGUACGCGCUGGGCCCCAAGGAGAAGCAGAAGUACCACGACCUGGCCUUCCAGGUGAAGGAGGCCCACUUUAAGGCGCACCCGGACUGGAAGUGGUGCAACAAAGACAGGAAGAAGUCCAGCUCUGAUGGGCGGGGCCUCUCGGAUGGGCGGGGCAUCUCUGAUGGGCGGAGCCUGGGCGGGCCCAAAGACGUCAGGGAGAGGAGCAUGUCCGAGACCACCGAGCCUCCGUCCAUCUCCUUGGGAAUGGAGCUGAAGGGGGCGGGGGCUGGGAUGGUGGGCGUCGCUGAUCGCGCUGGAGGGGCGGGGCCUGGAGGUCAGCUGACUCGUCCUCGUGCUUUUUCCCAGAGUGCCGUGCACACCCUGGAGCGCAGCGAGCGCGGGAACACACAGGCCCUGGCAGAGCUGGCACAGAUGUGUGGUGACGGGGGUCCCCAGUUGUCGGGGCGUGUCUCUCUCUCUCGUGCCCAGCGGGGGGUCAGCGAGGACAUGACCAGCGACGAGGAGCGCAUGGUCAUCUGCGAAGAGGAGGGCGACGACGACGUCAUCGAGGAUCCGUACCCUGCCAGUUCCAUAGACCUAAAGUGUAAGGAGCGCGUCACAGACAGCGACAGUGAGAAUGGAUCAGGAGACGAAGGAGAACGCAAGAGGGUGUUUGCUGGUGUGAUAUGCUCCUCCUCCUCCUCUCAUCAUGGGCGGAGCCUGUCUCUCUCGGCCUACCCGUCUCGUCGCUAUGGCGACGGAGAGUCCACGGCGAGCGCCGAGCGCAAGAGGAAGAGAGGAGCGGAGGGAGGAGAGGAGCAGAAGGAGGGAUGCCCAGACGGAGGAGGAGGAGGAGGAGGAGGAGGAGGAGGCGGGACUAUGAUAUUCCCGGGCGCGGGACCUGUGAGUUUGGGGGUGUGUCUUCCGUCGUCAAGAGGAGCGUCUACCGUGGUUACAAGCGUGGUGCGUCCCGUCGUCAGCACCCCCAAAGCUCCUCCCACCACACAGUUCCUCAUUGGACCAGCCUCUGGAGGAGGCGGAGCUGGGUACUCCUCCUCGCCCAAUCCCGUGGCUGCAGGGGCGGUGCCAGGAGGACUAGUGACCAAUCUGAUGGUGGGAGGAGCCUAUUCAGGCCAGCCUGCUGUGCAGCUCAUAAACCCCUCCCACUCCCUCCUUAACCCCGCCUCCUCUCAGAGUAAUGGCCCCGGCCCUCUGUCCCUGUUGCAGGCCUCUCUGGUGCCCCCCGGUGGUGGGAAAGCGCUGGUGCAGGCCUCUCUGGCGCCCCCUGGCCUCACGCAAGUGCAGUACAUCCUGCCCACUCUGCCCGCCUCCAACCCCAAGAGCCCGUCCCCCCAGCUGUCCGUCCAGCCAGCCAGCGUCUUCACCCUGCCCUCGGCCCCGCCCACGCAUGGCUCGCUGGCCAAUGGGAAGCAGGCAGGGGUGGCGCCAUUGACGGGAUACGCCUCCAGUCCUGCAAUGGGAAUGGUCAGCUCUGGGAACACGGGAGUGCAAACGCAAUCACAAGUCUUGCAGGGCAAGAUGAUUGUUCCCAUGGCGACAGUGAGGACAGCACAAGCCCCUUCUCAACCCUCAUUUCCUGUAGUGGCUCCUCCUCUUCCUGUCCAGAAUGGAGGUCAAACAGGAAGUAAGAUCAUCCAGAUCGCUCCUAUGCCUGUCGUCCAAUCACAGCUCUCCACUGGAGGAGCAAUGCAUUCUGGGAGCCCGUUCCCCAUUUCCAUGGCAACUGCCGCAGUGGUCACCCCAGGGUCCACCCCCUCUCAGGCAGUGCUGCUGCCGCCGCCUGCAACCAGGAUUACGUAUGUUCAGUCCACACCGGGCGUCCCGUCUCCUUUGCCUCUGGUAUCCACGACAACAGGCUCCACCCAGUCAACUCCGCCCCCUUCUGGAUCUGCGUAUGUCACAUCGCCCCUGGCAACGCUUGGCUUCACUGCCAUCGCCCCACCUGGACAAACACUCGUCCAGCCACUGCUCCCAG